UGGGAAAACAACAUAGCAGGCUAGCACGCGCUGGAAGCGCGGAUAAGAAUCGGCACCUCCGCGUAGCGAAACUAUUCCCGUGUGAUAUAUUCCCCAUUCACUUUACUCGAACAGUUGUUAACUCAACUUGUUAACGUCUAAAACCACCGUUCAACAGUCCAAGAUAUCGCGAAGUGCCCACAGUGGCUGUUGUUCGCUGUAUUUGUCGGCUUGUUGGAUAUUUAGCGCGUGUCGCUGUCGAGCGAGCUCGCGGAAGAGAUCAACAUCGUGCCUGCCUCAAAUACCAAAGCCAAUCGACUCUGCACUCUGGAGAAAACCAAAAACUGUACACCAAGCGUAGCUUCAGUCGAGGGCGGUGUAAAUAUGAGUUACAAGCCGAUCGCCCCCGCACCCACCGGCUCCAACCACACGCCACCAGGAUCCUGCGGCUCUUCUCCAUCACUGCCCUCCUCAUCGAACUUCAGACCAGCAUUCAGUGACUUUGGUCCACCAUCGAUGGGCUUUGUGCAACCAGUGAAAGUGUCCCAGGGAUCCACCUACAGUGAGCUUCUCUCUGUCAUUGAGGAGAUGAGCCGUGAAAUUCGGCCUACCUAUGCCGGCAGCAAAAGUGCCAUGGAAAGACUGAAGAGAGGUAUCAUCCACGCACGUGCUCUUGUCCGGGAGUGUCUAGCAGAGACAGAGCGAAGUGCUCGCACAUAACAUCUACCCAUAACCUCCCUCUGGUACUUGUCUCCCCAUUGUUCUCUCACAGACUCUCUGCCAACUAUUUACACCAACACCACUUUCUAUCUUUCUUACUGACCUACUUUGUCCAUCAUACAUAGCUCUGUCCCCAUCUACCCCUAUGUACACCUCAUUUAGUUAUUGCGUUUUAGCGUCGCAAUUUUUUAAGCCCAAUUUUUGCAAUUCUGUAUUUAAAUC